GUAAACUCGCAGCGCACGGGGCGGGCAGCCGCGCGCGGGCGAGCGGGCUGAGCUUGACGCUGCUUGGGGGUGCACGGCUCUGGGGAUCCAGGCCCCGCCACCUUACCUCCGCCCCCGGGCUCUAGUCUCACUUUCGAAUAGUGGAAGGACGAGAAGUGGGAGCCAUGCAGUCUGAAUCCGGAAUCGUGCCGGAUUUUGAAGUCGGGGAGGAGUUUCACGAAGAGCCCAAAACCUAUUACGAACUCAAAAGUCAACCCCUCAAGAGCAGCAGUUCUGCGGAGCAUCCUGGGGCCUCCAAGCCUCCAAUAAGCUCCUCCAGCAUGACAUCACGCAUCUUGCUACGCCAGCAACUCAUGCGUGAGCAGAUGCAGGAGCAGGAGCGCAGGGAGCAGCAGCAGAAGCUGCAGGCGGCCCAGUUCAUGCAACAGAGAGUGCCCGUGAGUCAGACACCAGCCAUAAACGUCAGUGUGCCUAGCACCCUUCCCUCUCCCACCCAGGUGCCGAUGGAAGUCCUUAAGGUGCAGACCCACCUUGAAAACCCCACCAAGUACCACAUACAGCAAGCCCAAAGGCAGCAGGUAAAGCAGUACCUUUCUACCACUUUAGCAAAUAAACAUGCCAACCAAGUCCUGAGCUUGCCAUGUCCAAACCAGCCUGGCGAUCAUGUCAUGCCACCUGUGCCCGGGAGCAGCGCACCCAACAGCCCCAUGGCUAUGCUUACACUUAACUCCAACUGUGAAAAAGAGGGAUUUUAUAAGUUUGAAGAGCAAACCAGGGCAGAGAGUGAGUGCCCGAGUAUGAACACGCAUUCCCGAGCGUCUUGCAUGCAGAUGGAUGAUGUAAUAGAUGACAUCAUUAGCCUAGAAUCAAGUUAUAAUGAAGAAAUCCUUGGCUUGAUGGAUCCUGCCUUGCAAAUGGCAAAUACGUUACCUGUCUCUGGUAAUUUGAUUGACCUUUACGGUAACCAAGGCUUACCACCUCCAAACCUGACCAUCAGCAACUCCUGUCCAGCCAACCUUCCUAACAUAAAAAGGGAGCUCACAGAGUCUGAAGCGAGAGCAUUGGCUAAAGAGAGGCAAAAAAAGGACAAUCACAACUUGAUUGAACGAAGGAGAAGAUUUAACAUAAAUGACCGCAUUAAAGAACUAGGUACUUUGAUUCCCAAGUCAAAUGAUCCAGACAUGCGCUGGAACAAGGGAACCAUAUUAAAAGCAUCUGUGGACUAUAUUCGAAAGCUGCAACGAGAACAGCAGCGUGCAAAGGAACUUGAAAACCGACAGAAGAAACUGGAGCAUGCCAACCGGCAUUUACUGCUCAGGAUUCAGGAACUUGAAAUGCAAGCUCGAGCUCAUGGACUUUCCCUUAUUCCAUCCAUGGGUCUCUGCUCUCCAGAUUUGGUGAAUCGUGUCAUCAAGCAAGAACCCGUCCUUGAAAACUGCAACCAAGACCCCCUUCAGCAUCACGCAGACCUAACUUGUACAACCACCCUUGAUCUCACAGAUGGUACCAUCACCUUUAAUAACAACCUUGGAACCGGGACUGAGAGCAACCAAGCCUAUACGGUCCCCACGAAAAUGGGAUCCAAACUGGAAGACAUCUUGAUGGAUGAUACUCUUUCUCCUGUUGGUGUAACUGAUCCACUUCUUUCCUCGGUAUCACCUGGAGCUUCCAAAACUAGCAGCCGGAGGAGUAGUAUGAGCAUGGAGGAAACCGAGCACGCUUGUUAGCAAAUCCUGCCUGGUCUGCAUUCUCACAAACUGCUUCCUCUCUUGAUUUGUAGAUUUAAUAAUUUACUCGAAUGGGAUUCUCUUGAUAAUUUUUCUUUAAUAUGAAUUUUUUUUUCAUGCUUUAUCAAUAGCCCAGGAUAUAUUUUAUUUUUAGAAUUUUGUGAAACAGACUUGUAUAUUCUAUUUUACAACUACAAAUGCCUCCAAAGUAUUGUACAAUGAGUGUACAGUAUCUGUGAACUGAAUUCACCACGGACUUUAGCUUUCUGAGCAAGAGGAUUUUGCAUCAGAGAAAUAUCUGUCCAUUUUUAUUCAGGGGAAUCUUGGUUUGAGAUUUGAUGCCUGUGACUUCCUUGGGAAUUAAACAUAAAGUUUAAUCAAAAGAAUGUAAAGCAACCAAAAAAAAGAAAAAGAGAGAGAGAGAAAAGAAAGAAGAAAUCUAUACUAACCUGUUUCCAUUUUGUAAAUGUAUUGAUUCAUUGGUACUGCCUUAAAGAUACAGUACCCUUCAAGCAUUGUUUAGUCUUUAUACUGCAAACUAUUUAAAGAAAUACUGUAUUCUGUAAAAGAUGAAAAACACAGUGCAGCCAUUUUCAUGGGGAUUCUCUGAAACACAGGCGCAACUGAAACGGAAGGGGAGCAGGACGGGGCUCUAAACUAGCGGCUAGCCUUCCUCUCUUCCUCUACGUGCUCUGUUGCAGUUUCCUUCAUCAAUGAAUGUGAUUCAGUUUCUCAUAGAAAAUGUUUUAUUCUGAAAUGGAAAUCAAUGUCCUCUCAAAGUAAAAUAUUGAGGAGCACUGAAAGUUUGUUUUAGGUUGUUUUUUUUUUUGUCUUUUCUUUUUAAUUUUUGUUUCUGAUAAGAACCAAACUGGGUACAUUUCUAAUUGGCUUUACAAUUUUUAUUUUUAAAUUUUUACUGUUCAUCUGGUUUGUACAGAUUCUUUAUUAUCAUUUUCUUUUCAAUACAUUUGUAUUUGUUUGUAAGAAUAUUCAUCUUAAAUGGAGAUGUUUUCAAUAUUUUUGCAACUCACUGGUGGUUUUCCUCAUUCUUUGUACACACAUGAAAGAAGACUUUUAUGCCAGGCUUUGUGUUUAAGGAGAGCUUUGCGAAUCUUUUGUAUAUUGCAGUCUCACUUGGAACUGUUUUUCCACACAUUUAAGAAGUAGUACUAGUAGGUUAAAACCAGACUUUCUGGAGAAAAUAAACUUACAUAUUUAUUUUUAGUGUCAUAAAAAUAGCAAUAUUCUUGGAGACUGAUACCUAUAGCUUUAGUAAGCCCAUUAUGGUCAAUUAAAUUGGGGUUUAUUUCAGCAAACUUGCUGAAUUUCUUUUUUUUUUUUUUUUAAAGAAAUACUGUAUUGGCAAAUACUGUUACUUGAUAACAAUGUUUUAACAAGCAGCAAUGUUGUAAAGUUAGUUUCAGUGCAUUAUCUACUUGUGUAGUCCUAUGCAAUAAUAGUAGUGUUCCAUGUAUUCUAUCAGGCCCAGGUGUUUUCUAUGGAUGACAUAUGGUGUUAUGAGCCAGGCUGUCGAAUGGAAUUUCUUAGUAGCAGCCUACAAUUGAAUAGCAAGUGGCAUAAAGCAUAUCCAUUCAGAAUGAAGUGCCUUAAAUAUAGCAGUAGUCUUUUGGGGGCUAGCACUGACUGAACUGUAAUGUAGGAGACAGUUUCAAGAUGCUAUCUAUAGUCAAGAGGAAUAUGUAGCAUGGUGCCUAUGUAGACAAUGUAAGAGCUUCCAAUUUUCCUUUGGAUAUUUUUAAUAUUAAAUAUAUUUUAGUGAAAGAGUGCCAACUUCAUUCAUCAGGAAACCUUAUUCAGGAGGGUUUUCUUCUUCUUUUUUUUUUUUUUUUUUAAGUGUUUCAGUGUCAAAUGUGAAUUGGUGAUGGGUGAUGGAGUAUUCAGAGAGGUGGAGUGAUUGUCAGAUGUAUGAAUGACUGGCUACACAAAAAUAAUCAACUGCAUAGUUCCCAUGCACAUUGGGCAAUGAGAAUCCUUGGAAACAUUGAUGAUGCUAUCACUUUUAUAGCUUUAUUACUUAAGGGGGUAGGGAAAAAUAAGUUCCCAUUCUUUCAGCCCCCUUAAUUGUAUAGCUCUUUUUUAUUAGAAUAGUGAUGCAAAUCUGCAUGAACAGCUAAUUGUACCAUAGUGUUCAUUGAUACAAUCAUAGCAUUGUCUGUUUUUCUCUUCAUAUUUAUAUGGGGGGGCUGGGGGCGGAGACUGAAGGUUGCAAUGCUAUGAUGUUGGUUUUCCAUAGCUGAUUUUGAACAUUUUCAAAAACAGAGCAGGGUUGACUAACUCGUGGUCAAGGGAUUACAGCCGGUGUCAAGCAGCCUUACAGAAAGCUUUGUUUAGAGAAAGUAUGGCAUCUUGUACCACUGACCUGACUCUCAAAGCUCCUGAGCUCGCACCACCUACUUCCCUGUUCCCUUGUUCUUAAAAGACAAUUUCUGGAAGUGGCAGGUGAUCUAGCCCAGGAGAAUACUGCAGCCUCGGGGGUGGUUUUAUUUAUUUCUUUUUUGCCAAAUAGUGUGUGGAUUUGUUUUAUGGCCUAGUUAAGCCAAGAGGAGGUGGUUUGGGCUUGCCAUUUUGUAAUGAUCCACACCACUCCCCCCAUCUAUAGGGUGCAGAAUUGUGACUUGGAUCGGGCUUCCCUCCAUAUGGAGUGUCCAAAAUGCCAAAAUUGUCUACCUGCCUGUGGGUAAGGCAAUGGAAAUACCAAACCUGACUUUGCCAAAAACCAUAUGACCAACAUGGUCAUGCAUAGGACAACACCGUUCUUUCCGGUUGUUUUUAAAUAAUAAAGCAAUAAGAACAAAUAAAAUACAUAGGAAGUUAAAAGACAUAAAGUAAAAGCACAAAGGAAUGCACUUAAUAUUUGUGAAAAAUGCACUGGGGAAAAGUUGAUAUUGAUAACAGUAUAAAAAGAAAAAGCCUAUUUCUUGAAAAAAUUACAAAUGACUGUCUCUUGUGGACGCUUGGUACUGUAAUGUUAAUAAUAGUCAUCUGCUGUUGGGUGCAGCAAUAAUCUCUGUAUGGUCCAUAGCACUGUAUAUUAUGGAUCAAUAUUAAUGUAUCCGAUGAAAUAAUUGAACUGUUGUUCUUGAUAGCCUCAUUAAAGCAUUUGGUUUUUCACAU